AUGGACGGGGGAGUUGCUUGUUACGCUGCCCUGCCGGGAAGUUCUCGUUCAGCGCCCCACACGGGCGAGCCCCGUAGGUAUAUAAAGACAGAAGAGAGCGUCCAGGACCAGACGGCGGCGAAGGAGGAGAAAGAGCGGAAGAAAAGUGACCGAGAGAGGCCGCCGAGCAUCCUUGCCCCGGCGCAGCGGGAGUCGCCCAGAGAGCAGCCUCCCCGCGGCAGAGCCUCAGCCUGCCUGCAAGAUGCCGAGACAACGCGGCAGCCGCUCGGGGGCCCUGCUGCUGGCCCUGCUGCUUCAGGCCUCCGUGGAAGUGCGUGGCUGGUGCCUGGAGACCAGCCAGUGUCAGGACCUCACCACGGAAAGUAACCUGCUGGCGUGCAUCCGGGCCUGCAGGCCCGACCCCUCGGCCGAGACGCCCGUGUUCCCCGGCAACGGCGACGAGCAGUCGCUGACCGAGAACCCCCGGAAGUACGUCAUGGGCCACUUCCGCUGGGACCGCUUCGGCCGCCGGAACAGCAGCGGCGGCGGCGGCGCGGGCCAGAAGCGCGAGGAGGAGGCGGUCGUGCUGGUGGGCCGCCCCGCGCCCCGCGGCGAUGGCGGCGAGCCGGGCCCGCGCGAGGGCAAGCGCUCCUACUCCAUGGAGCACUUCCGCUGGGGCAAGCCGGUGGGCAAAAAGCGGCGCCCGGUGAAGGUGUACCCCAACGGCGCCGAGGACGAGUCGGCCGAGGCCUUCCCCUUGGAGUUCAAGCGGGAGCUGGCCGGGGAGCGGCCCGAGCCCGCGGCGGCCCCGGCCGGCCUGGAGUACAGCCUGGUAGCGGAGGCCGAGGCGGCCGAGAAGAAGGACGAGGGGCCCUAUAAGAUGGAGCAUUUCCGCUGGGGCAGCCCGCCCAAGGACAAGCGCUACGGCGGCUUCAUGAGCUCCGAGAAGAGCCAGACGCCCCUGGUGACGCUGUUCAAAAACGCCAUCAAGAACGCCCACAAGAAGGGCCAGUGAGGGCGCAGCGGGCGAGGGGCUUCUCUCCCCGGGGAGUCGGCCCUACGCCCCGCUCCUCGCCUGCCUCCUGCCGCCUCGCAGCCUGGGUGUGCUGUUCGCUCGG